AUGUUCUCCUGUAAUCCUUUGAAUGCUGCAAGAAAUGAUCCAAUGAAAGAGAUGAAGACAAGAAAGACCCUGGUGAAGCCAUUACCAUCAGACUCUGACCUCAAUGAAUAUCUUCAGAAAGAGCCCAUAAGCCACUCUGUGUCUGAUAGCAGUCCUCAUUUGACUCCAUCUGACAAUGAUAUACUGGCUCGAGAAUACUGGCUCAAUAAUCCUGCUUGUCAACUUCUUAAGCAGCACAUUCUUGCUGAGUCUGACCAGAAGCAACUCGUCACACAAAAGGAGAGAUACACUGAAUUAGCAUUUAAAAGCUUUGAUGAUAUAGCACCUCUCCUAUCUAAGACUCUCCUGAGUGACGACAGCAUCAUAGAACUGGAAUCAGAUGAUGUCACACCUCUCCCAUCAAAAGCUUUUCUCAGCAGCAAUGACAGUGUCAUGGAACCAGAAUUGGAUGAACCAGGACAGCAUGCAGUGCCCUCAAAGACUCUCCUGAGCAAUGACAGUGUCACAGAACUGGAAUCAGACAAUGUCACACCUCGACCAUCAAACAUCGCACUUCUACCAUCAAACAUCACACCUCUACCAUCAAAAGCUCUUCCCAGUGGCAAUGAUAGUGUCACAGAACCAGAAUCUGAACCCACUACACCUAAACCUAUUGCUCCCAAGCUUGACCAAAAGUGGUUCACAACACCAAGUCCACCCCCUCCAGGCUCAAUCUAUUGGAAGUACUUCGCACAAGAGGAAGAGGCAUGUUUUUAUGAUCAUUCCAGGACAGAUGAGUCCUUUCAGGCUGUGUGGGAACUUAAACAUAAACUUGACAUGUCUCUUGAUGACAAGUUUUAA